CGUAGUCGCGUACGCAUCCCGGUUUUUGUUUUCUUAAGAGGGGGAAGACCUUGCAUAGCACGUGCACUAAACCCCAUAAUUUUCGGUUUGGUUUUCUAAUAGCAAAAUUAGUGAAAAACCGGCAUUUUCCGUUGUUAAGUACUCGCAUUUCCCCUGCAAGUAGUAAUUCAAGCGCUUCCGACCCAGUAAUUAACGUGCAAUGGCUUUGGGUACAAAGGUUGAGGAAACGGAGAGUAAUUGUGCCCAAGACAAUUCGGACGAAAAUACGUGCAAAUCGAAGGAAAACGGCCUAAUUACCGCAGAAAAUUCGAGCGAAUCGGAUGCAAAGAAAGAUGAAGUGGUUUUCAUACAAGACGUGGGAUUUUCGGUUAAAAUCGUCAGCCCAGGCACGGACAUGUUCGAAAUACAGGUUUCUAGCAUCGAACUGGUGCAAGAAAUUCACCAGCUGCUGAUGGACAGGGAGGACACGUGCCAUCGUACCUGCUUCUCGCUGCAGCUCGACGGUAACUCGCUGGAUAAUUUCGCCGAAUUAAAAAACAUUGAAGGUUUAAAGGAGGGCUCCGUGAUCAAGGUCGUCGAGGAGCCGUACACGAUGCGAGAGGCGCGUAUACACGUGAGGCACAUUCGAGACCUGUUAAAGUCUCUAGAUCCGGCCGACGCGUACAACGGAGUCGAGUGCAGCUCACUCUCAUUCCUGAACGCGGUGACACAAGGUGAUAUAUUAGAAAAGAAGAAGCUACGACCGGAGAGUGUCGACUGUACGCCACCCGAAUUUAUUAUGCCCAACGGCAAGGAUCGGCCGCUUUCGGCGCUACAGCCCCAGCUAAAGGACUGCAAGGUCCCGCAGUGCGUUAAGGUGCUAACGACCUCGGCGUGGAACCCUCCGCCCGGUCACAGGAAAAUACACGGCGAUCUUAUGUAUCUUUAUGUUGUAACGCUCGAGGAUAAACAUUAUCACAUAUCGGCGUGCUCAAGAGGUUUCUAUAUUAAUCAAUCAACAGAUCAGGACUUUAAUCCAAAAGCGGCCUCACCAAGUCACUUGUGUCAUUCGUUAAUCGAACUACUAAACCAAAUAUCGCCGCUAUUCAAACGUAAUUUUACGACCUUACAAAAGAAACGUAGCCAAAGACACCCCUUCGAGCGCGUCGCCACCCCGUAUCAAAUAUACGUAUGGACCGCCCCCGUGAUGGAACACACGAUCGACGCGAUUCGCGCCGAAGACACUUUCUCCUCGAAGUUGGGCUACGAAGAGCACAUUCCCGGACAGACGAGAGACUGGAACGAGGAACUGCAGACUACCAGAGAGUUGCCGAGAAAAACGUUGCCGGAACGUCUGCUUCGCGAGAGGGCGAUUUUUAAAGUUCACGGCGACUUCGUUGCCGCCGCAACUCGGGGGGCGAUGGCUGUGAUUGACGGUAACGUGAUGGCGAUCAAUCCGGGAGAGGAGGCGAAAAUGCAGAUGUUCAUAUGGAACAAUAUCUUCUUCUCUUUUGGUUUCGACGUUCGCGAUCACUACAAAGAGCUGGGCGGUGACGCCGCCGCGUUCGUGGCGCCCCGCAACGACCUACAGGGCGUUCGCGUGUAUAGCGCCGUCGACUUACCCGGCCUGUACACGUUGGGAACUGUCGUCAUCGACUACCGCGGGUACCGCGUUACCGCCCAAUCGAUUAUUCCCGGCAUUCUCGAACGCGAACAAGAGCAGUCAGUUGUUUACGGGUCGAUUGAUUUCGGGAAAACGGUUUUGACGCACCCGAAGUACUUGGAAUUGUUAAAUAAAGCAGGGCAGCAGCUUAAGAUUCUUCCGCAUCACGUACUAAAUGAGAAGGACGAAUCGAUCGAAUUGUGUUCCAGUGUCGAAUGCAAGGGUAUCAUUGGUAACGAUGGACGCCAUUACAUUCUCGACCUGCUACGAACGUUCCCUCCUGAUGUCAACUUCCUGAAAUUGGACGAGGAGUUGAGCAAAGAGGUAAUGAUGUUGGGCUUUCCGAUAGAGCACAAGCACAAGUUGUGUUGCCUCAGGCAGGAGCUCAUCGACAGCUUUGUCGAUUCUCGUUACAUGAUGUUCAUUAAGUACGCCGCCUUCCACUUGCAACAGCUGAAUUUGCGCAAAAACGAGGCCGUGAACAAUAAGGAGAGUUCCGAAGAGAAAAAGGAUAAUCAAAUUGAGACGGAGGAGGCGAAGAAGAUCGUUGAAAGCAUAACGGACGGCGGCAAGUUGGAACUUGAGGAGAGCACCAAAAGUAUAGUAAAAACAGCAGCGCUCGCCGUCGGCUCGUUGAAAGAAACGGAAUUCGACAUUCGUUUCAAUCCGGACGUUUAUUCUCCGGGUAUUCGCCAUUGCGAAAACUUAGAUCCCGCCUUAUCCAAACAGCGGCAGCUAAUCAAAGACGCGGCCGACUUCUUGCUAACGGUUCAAAUUCCUACCUUCAUUCGCGAUUGCCUGGAUCACACUACGGCGCCGAUGGACGGCUUCACGUUAUCCGAGGCGAUGCACAAUCGCGGCAUCAAUAUACGGUAUUUGGGAAAGGUUUGCAAUCUUCUAGGGAAGGUGAAGCAGUUGGAGUACUUGCACAGUAUCGCCGCCGGGGAGCUCAUCUUGCGCGGGCUUAAACACAUCUUUACUGUCUACCUGCAGGGUACCGAGCUGAUGAAUGUUUCGGUCGCAGUGGCGCACUUUUUGAAUUGUUUCUUGUACUCCGGCGUUAUUAAUAAUCCACUUCAAGGUACGGAGGAGUCGAAAAACAAUCGAAAACGCAAUAAACGUCGAGGGCGCACCAAUCAAUUUUCUUACGUCGACAGUAACGAAUGGACGAAUCUAACACCAAAAACCCUAUGGUCUCAAAUCAAAACGGAACUAAAAUCGUAUUUCGAUUAUGACCUGCUGGCGGGCGACAUCGAAUCGGCCAUCGAGAAGUACUCCCUUCAAAAGGUCUCGCUGCUUCGCUCCUUCUGCCUUAAAACCGGUUUACAAAUUUUACUGCGCGAUUACAAUUUCGAUUCGAAAGCCAAGGUGAUAUUUUACGAGGAGGACAUCUUAAACAUAUUCCCCGUCGUGCGGCACAUCAACCCGAGAGCGACGGACGCCUACAAUUUCUACACGACGGGCCAAAAUAAAAUUCAGCAGGGGUACCUGAAGGACGGCUACGAGCUGAUUAGCGAAGCCCUCAAUUUACUUAAUAACGUCUACGGCGCCAUGCAUCCCGAGAUCGCGCAGUGUCUGCGCAUGAUCGCGCGGCUAAAUUACAUUAUGGGCGAGCAUACCGAGGCGAUGGCGUAUCAGCAGAAGGCAGUAUUAAUGUCGGAACGAGUUAAUGGCAUCGAUCAUCCUUAUACAAUUACAGAAUACGCUCACUUAGCUUUGUACUGUUUUGCCAACAGCCAGGUCAGUACAGCUUUAAAAUUGUUAUAUCGCGCGCGAUACUUAGCGUUAAUUGUUUGCGGGGAAAGUCAUCCCGAAGUGGCCUUACUUGAUAGCAAUAUAAGUUUAAUCCUUCACGCCGUCGGCGAGUACGACCUAUCACUACGGUUCCUCGAAAAAGCUCUAGCUUUAAAUAUCAAAUACUACGGUGUCAAAUCGCUUAAGGUGGCCGUCAGCUACCAUUUGGUAGCGAGGACGCUCAGUUGCAUGGGUAAAUUCAGGGAGGCUCUCAACAAUGAGAAGGAAGCAUACACAAUCUACAAACGACAGUUGGGAGACAAUCACGAAAAAACCAAAGAAUCGUCAGAGUGCUUGAAACACUUAACGCAGCAGGCGGUGGUUUUACAAAAGAAAAUGAACGAGAUUUACACUGGUAAAAAUGGAGCUUCGAUACCUCCGAUUCAGAUACAACCGCCUUCUAUGGGAUCUGUGUUAGAUAUGCUCAAUGUCAUUAAUGGUAUUUUGUUUGUUCAAAUUAGUCAAGAAGAUAUCGAUAAUUUCAAAGCGGAAAUCGAGAAGCAAAACUUGAAAGAGCACACAGAGGAGCAGCAAUGUGCAAUCGAAAGUCAUUAAAAAUGCCAAACUAUGGAUUA